AUGCGUGCUGCUUUCGGUGAUGAUUAUUAUAUCUGCAGAUUUCAGGAACCGGGCAAAAUGGAAGCUGAGAUGGCUGAAGUUGGCACUGAAUAUGUGCUGAAAAAUAUCCUCACAACACGGAAAACAGGUCCUCCAAUAUUUCCAAAGGGAGAGUAUGGAGCCGGAUUCAACCCGGAUACCCCUGAUACUUUGCCAUCUUGGCUCACAGAAGAUGGUCUUGCUUAUUGUGUCUCCAAAUUUGAGAAAACGGGCUUCACCGGAGGAUUGAACUACUAUAGAAACUUUAACUUAUUUCAGGAACCUGGGAAAAUGGAAGCUGAGAUGGCUGAAGUUGGCACUGCAUAUGUGCUGAAAAAUAUCCUCACGACUCGCCAAACUGGUCCUCCGAUUUUUCCAAAAGGGGAGUAUGGAACUGGAUUCAACCCGGAUACCCCCGACACUUUGCCCUCUUGGCUCACAGAAGAUGAUCUUGCAUAUUAUGUAUCCAAAUUUGAGAAAACUGGCUUCACUGGAGGAUUGAACUACUAUAGAAACUUUAACCUAAAUUGGGAGCUCACAGCACCAUGGAGUGGAUUCAAAAUACAAGUGCCUGUGAAGUUCAUUACAGUUAGGAACAAUGAACUUGAGUGA